CCCGACCAGUCCGCCUCCUUCUUAUUCUUCUUCUUCGCCAAAGCUUCAUCGGACUCCAGCUCCGCAUCGCUCUCUCUUCAUCUUCUUCUUCAUCGAUCUCGCGACGUGAAGCGCCCGUCCGCUGUCAUCGGCGACGAGCUUUUCGGAAUGGCCGGCGCUCCCGAAUGGAUCUGAGCUCUUUCCGGAGGCGCUCGUCGCCGUCGCCGUCCCCGGAUCGUGGCUCGGCCCGCCGCGGGUUCCUCCCGGCGCCCGCGAGGAGGCUCGGUCUCGGCGCGAUGAGGCUCAACCACAUCUUGGCUUCGACUCUGCUGGUCCUCCCUCUCCUCGCGACGAUCUCGGUGUUCUAUCCUCGCGACGGGGCGCGGCGACCUCCCGAUCGCGCCGUCGGGUUCGCGGAAGCGAGGGUUCUGGACGGGAGGGCGCUGAGUGGCAACGCUACGCCGCUGGUCUCAGAUGACACUGACAGUUACUCUCCGCCAGUGGACUUGCCUAAGAAUGAUUUGCUCGGCGGGCUUCUUGCUGCUGAGUUCGAUAAGCAAUCGUGCUUAAGCAGGUUCCAGUCAGCCAUCUAUCAGAAGAUUUCACCCCAUAAGCCUUCUUCAUUUCUCGUUUCCAAGCUCAGAGAGUACGAAAAGCUUCAUAAGCGCUGCGGUCCCUACACUCAGUCCUAUAAUGAGACAUUGGCAAACAUCAAUUCUGGCAAGGCUAUUGGAUCUACAGAUUGUAAAUAUAUUGUCUGGAUAUCUUUCAGUGGCUUGGGAAACAGAAUAUUGACCCUGGCUUCAGCAUUUCUUUAUGCUCUCCUGACCAAUCGUGUCCUGCUUGUUGACCGAGGAAAAGACAUGGCGGAUCUCUUCUGCGAACCAUUUCCAGGGAAAUCUUGGUUACUUCCUACUGAUUUCCCCCUUGUUAAUCAGUUCCAAAGCUUUGGCCAGAAUUCUCCCAAUUGUCAUGGAAACAUGCUGAAAAAUAACAUCAUAAACACAUCUACCAACACGUUACCAGCCUAUCUAUAUCUCCACUUGGCCCAUGACUAUGGAGACCAUGACAAGCUUUUCUUCUGCGAUGAAGAACAAACUGUACUUGCCAAGGUUCCUUGGUUGGUUUUGAAGACAGACAAUUAUUUUGUCCCCUCCCUGUUCUUGAUGUCCUCCUUUGAUGAAGAACUGAGCAAAUUAUUUCCUGAUAAAGAGACUGUUUUUCACCACUUGGGUAGGUACCUCUUUCAUCCCACUAAUCGGGUGUGGGGACUGAUUACUAGGUACUACCAGGCUUAUUUAGCAAAGGCAGAUGAGAAGAUCGGGAUCCAGGUAAGAGUUUUCGAAGAGGGAAAUGGUCCAUUCCCACAUGUAAUGGACCAAAUAUUAGCCUGCACACUGAAGGAGAAAUUGCUGCCUGAAGUAGAUGAGAAAGGAUUUAUCAGCUCUCCUCUAGAAAACCAGAAGCUAAAAGCCGUUCUUUUGACAUCUCUAAGUUCCGGAUACUCUGAAAAACUAAAAGACAUGUAUUGGGAGUACCCGACUGUCAAUGGGGACUUGGUUGGGAUUUAUCAACCGAGCCAUGAAGAAUACCAGCAGACAGAAAGGCAAUUACACAACCAGAAAGCGUGGGCUGAAAUGUAUCUCCUUAGUAUGUCUGAUGUAUUAGUCACCAGUUCGUGGUCGACAUUUGGGUAUGUAGCUCAGGGCCUUGGGGGUUUGAAGCCUUGGAUCCUUUACAAGCCUGAGAACAGAACUGCUCCCAACCCACCUUGUCGUAGAGCCAUGUCGAUGGAACCAUGCUUUCACGCUCCUCCUUUCUAUGACUGCAAGACUAAGGCGGGAACCGACACAGGUGCAUUGGUGCCUCAUGUGAGACACUGCGAGGACAUGAGCUGGGGUCUCAAGGUGGUCAGUGGUCACGAUGAGUUAUAGUUCUAUGAUGAGCUACAGUUCUUAGAUCUUAUCUUUUCAAAUUUCAUUUUUUGAAUGCAACUUUAGCUUAAGGUAGAAAUUAUUGGUGGAGCUAAUUUGAUUUAUUGCAGAGUACUUACAAGGGUUGUGCAUAAUUUUGACAUAUGCUGUUGUCGAUGUAGAACGGCAGAGUAGUAUUGGAGAAUUUUGAUGAGCAAGAAGGUUUGGAAAUUUCAGGCGUAUGAGAUGAAGCACGCUUUAUAUUCAACGAUGUUAUUAUUUGCUA